AUGCCAAGUACUUUAUGGGCCGAAAUAUCAUCAAAUUUCUUUGAAACAAAAGCAAUCAUACCUUUAACGGAAAAUAAUCUUUUACUAUUUUCAUCGAAUAAUCUUUAUAUAUUAACUGAUGAAGAAAGUUACGAGAAAGUAAAUUCUAAUUGGUCUAGAAAAAUAGCAGCCGCCACCAAACUCGAAAACUUUGUCUAUGCAAUCGACGAAUCUGGGAUCUUAUGGAAAAUCGAUCUUUCCACAUACGUGUAUACACCAAUUGGAGGAACAAAUUCCGAGUCUGGAUACUAUACCAACACAAAAGCAUUAGUAUCUUGUAAAGGAUAUAUCCUUGCCUUUUGUGACUACCUUUGGAAAAUAUACCCCGAUGGUAAAUCUCAAAAAGUAGGUACCGAUUGGGGAGACACUUGUGCUGCUGUUGUUUUCGGUGAUUAUGUUUUUGCCGUGACAACGUAUGGCAGAUUGUAUCGCAUCAGCUUAGACGAUUAUAGUUAUGAAGAAGUGAGUGGUGGAUGGGAUAAUACACGGGCCAUUCUGUCGUUUAGAAAUAAUUUGCUCGUUUUUAUGGAUAAGUUGUUUAGACUUGGUUCUGGUUGUAAAUGGAAAAAGUUGAGUGAUGAUAUUUGGGAGGGUGUUAUUGUUGCUUCUUGUGCGACGGAUGAAGCUGUGUAUGUUGUUGAUAAUACUGGGAAAGUUUAUAGGAUCCAAAUUUUAAAUUGA